AUGGAAGGAAGGACCCUGAUGGGAAGGCCUACCAAUCACGGCAUACACACGAGCAUAACCAUGGUAGACGUUAUGCAUGGAGGAGAACGUCACCAUCCGAACAAAAAAUAUUGCACGUUCUCUCACUUUCUCCCCACAACUAUCUACAUCUGCCUAGGAGAUAAUCUAGUUCUUGAUGCGCUUCAAGAUAUGGAGAUCCAGAAUGGGGACGGUGACAACUUGAUGGGAUGUGAUGAUCUCUUUGACGAGGAGCUAUUGGAAUUGAAGGUGGAAGCAAAGCAGGCUACAAAGGGCGAGGAAGCCAAGGCCUAG